GAUAUAUUGAAAUAAUUAACUGGAAUGAUAAAUAAAUAAAUAACUAUUCGAGAAUCGAGAGAAAGUAGCGACGAUUGGCUGGUUCGCCAUCGGACUCCGAGAGAGUUGUAAAGUGUGCGCGAGUGACAUUUUCGCUUCUAUAUAUUUAUAUAUAUACGAACUAAACUCGCUCCCUGUAUAAUUCUGUGACGAUCGACCGGAACAAAAAUUUGCGGAAAUGUGUGCGAAAAAAUAUGCCGCAGCUCGUUCAUUUAGUGAAAGCACAGUGAUAUACUGGAAAAAAUAAAUUAUAAAAAAUGCACAGAGAGGAAACAGAACCAGAGCAGAGUCGCGCGAUCGUUGAGAAGAAUCGUGACACAAAUAGAUAAAUAAUAAAUAUAAUCUAGUGAUAAGAGGUAUGUGUGAUGCAAGGAUAGCCACUGAUUUUAUCAGAAACUCUCAAGCGCUUUCUUCAUACUGAAUAAUCAUCUUCGCGUGGUUGAUCUCGAUUUCGAUCCUGCUGAUAUCAAAUUGGAUUUUCUUCUCCUUCGGAGCACACCAUAUUUAAGAGUCCGAUAAUCGGACAAUUUGCUUUAAUGUGGAUCUACGGAGAUUAGAUGGAUAGAUCAGAUGUCAAGAUUAAAGAAGUGCGCGUGCUGUAAAUAUCUCAUAAAUAUUCGAGAGUGAUUCUUGUGAAUAUAUCGAGAGGCGAGUGAGAUCGCGGCGAAAAUCGGAUGAGACGUGUCGAAUGGAGUGACGCCGGGAUUUCUCGCAAGAUCAUCAUUGUCGUGGAUCAUCGAUGUAGCGCGAUGUCGGUCUGGUUGCCUAUCGUGGCGACGCUGUGCCUCUGGAUGGGCGCUGGGAGUCAGUUCAGCGACAAUACACCGCCCGUAAUGUGGUUGGAUCGAAACUGGGUGCUUCCGGACAACGAACCCGUAGGAAGCAUCGUGACCAGGGUUCGCGCCGAGGACAACGAGGAGAACACGCUGACUUAUGGUCUGGAACCGCUCGGGCACAAUUACAAUGGGGACGACAGUCCACAGCCUCCGUUGCCAUUCUUCAUCGACAACAGCACCGGUACCGUCUUUCUCAACGAGACUCUCAAAGGAAGGGGAGGCCAGAACCUGUUCCUUUACGUGACCGUUUCCGAUGGUCAGCUCACGGCGAAGACUGAGGUUUACGUCAACAUCAAGAACGCAUCGGCACCGAAUCGAGGAAAAACAAGGACACCAUUUCCAAACCAACAUGGCUCCGGAGGCCGGAUACGGCCGCCCUUCCUCAGUUUACCAAAUCUACCAAGCUUUCCCUCACCUUUGCCUCCUUUACCGCCGAAGCAGUAUCCUCAUCCUGAAACUACGAAACUCGAAUUGGACAGGACAAAGUCCAAGGAAAAUGACAACAACGUCAGCGGCAGUACGGCUGGCGCCGUCACGGAGGAGAGUGUCCAGGUGAACGAGGUGGAGGGUCCUGCAUUGAGCUCAAAAAUCGCACCCUCCACCGCGCCACCUUCGCAGGACAUGGCAAUGACUCUGAUACCGGUGGUGGCCGGAUGCGCUCUCGUCCUGGGCCUCGGCAUGGGCGCCUGGUCCCUGAGGAACAGAUUUUGCGACAGCCGCAAAUCUAAGGCGGACACGAAAGAACAGGCGUCGGUCAGCGUUUCUAAUCUAUCAGACGAUCCUUCUCUCAUUCUGAAAAGGUGGCGAGGUCCAAAGGCUCGCAGCAAUCGCUAUCAGCCGUGGGAGAAAGAAUCUCAAGCAGGCAUUCAGAGCAAGCAGGAGGAUAAGUGGGAGUUUGCCAGGCAUAGAUUAAAGGUUUUCAACAUCCUUGGCGAGGGUUGCUUCGGCCAGGUGUGGAAAUGCGAGGCUCUGGACAUCGACGGCAAACCUGGGCCUACGAUAGUAGCGGUAAAAACUCUAAAGGAGAACGCUACCGAACGAGAGCGACUGGAUCUUGCGCAGGAAUUGCGAGUCAUGAAAAACCUAGAUCCUCACCCCAACGUGGUGCGGCUUCUGGGAUGCUGCACCGAGCGUGAACCCAUGUUCGUUAUCCUGGAAUACGUAAGUGGCGGCAAGCUGCAGAGUUUCCUCAGAGCCUCCAGAGAAGAAAGAAAUCACGGAGGCGCAGGAUUGACUUCCAGAGAUCUUACUGGAUUUGUGUAUCAGAUCGCCAAAGGUAUGGAGUACCUAGCGUCGAAGGGCAUCAUUCAUAGAGAUCUGGCUGCCAGGAACAUCUUGAUCGAUGAGAAUCGCGCAUGCAAGGUGGCGGACUUUGGCUUUGCCAGGGAUGUGGCAGCUAAUCAGAUUUACGAGAGAAAAUCUGAAGGUAGACUUCCGAUCAGGUGGAUGGCACCCGAGAGUCUAUACGACAAUAUAUUCUCUGUCAAGUCGGACAUCUGGAGUUUCGGCGUAUUGAUCUGGGAAAUCGUGACUUUAGGAUCGACACCAUAUCCUGGAUUAGCUGCCGCAGAAGUAAUGCGAAGAAUCAAAGAGGGCUACAGAUUAGACAGGCCUGAACAUUGUAAAAGAGAGCUCUAUAAUAUCAUGUAUUAUUGCUGGGACAAGGAUUCGGCUUGCAGGCCAUCCUUCGCCGAACUUGUUAGCCUAACUGAAGGUCUUCUGCUCGACGAAACGGAUUAUAUCGAACUUGAUAGGUUUCCAGAUCACUCGUAUUACAAUUGGUGUGAUACAUUAGAAGAAUUGCUUCAAUGUCCUGUAUGCUUAGAUACAACGCAAGGUACAAAAGUUCAAUGUACAAACGGACAUCACAUAUGCCAUCCAUGUAGAGUACAGUUACAAAUAUGUCCUAUAUGCAAAUCCUCUUUUAUUCUUACAAGAAAUUUGGCAGUAGAACAACUGGCAGCUAAAUUGAGCGACAUAAAGCUGUCAUUACUGCAUCCAUAUCAUGAGCUCAAUAGAAGAAUUUUACAUAAUAAAGUAUGCGUAGCCACUCAAACUGAGAUUGUCUCCAUGCCAUCAACAUCUUCUGCUUGUCAAACUGAACCUGUAAAUCAAGCUGAAUCUGUUACUCCGAGAAGUGAACAAAGAAAGCCAAUGAUAAAUGUAGCACCCAGAGUAGGGAAAGGAGCAUUUCCUUGUCGAAUUGGUUCCUGCACAGUGGAAUUACCACAUGGAAGAAUCAUUGGUCAUUUAAGAUAUCACCAUAAAGAUGUAUAUUAUGAGUUCAGCACAAAAGGUACUGUAUUUAAAAGAAAGUGGAGUCUAGAAUAUAUCUUGAAUCGGGAUUAUGAUUUUGCAUUUCAAAUCAAAGAGAUGGGUCUCUUUUUUUUAAAUGUCACUAUAAGUCAGUUAGGUGAUCUAAUAGCUUCUGUCCAAAUUGUCAAUUGUACUGAUGUAAGCAAACAGUUUGCUUAUACAUUUGAGGCAGUUGGAGCAAUAAAUGCCUCUUACAGCGGUCAGGUAAAGUCAUGUCGACUCAGAAGAGAGUGCAUUUAUAAUGAUUGUCUGCAUAUACGUGUAAACGAUAUGCGCCACAUAAUCGACAAUAAAAACUUUUUUCAUUGCAACCUUACAUUAAAGCGUAGAGUUAAUUAUUAUAAGACUACCGCACAAGAUAUCGAUAUGCCCGUAUUUGAAGACGUUUAAUUUAAGAAACAAUUUGUGACAUAUAUAUAUAUAUAAAAUUGCAUGCUGAACACUAUGAAUUUGUUGAUAAAAAUUGAAUGUAACUUUAUUUUUUGCUUUUACCAAACAUAAUGUUCCGAUAAAAAUAAUUAGGGUUUUUAUUUAAUUAAUAUAAUAUAAAACAAACUUUUAAUUAUUUAAUAUAGUAUGUUAGAUUAAGAACGCGUUUUUUGUUGAAAUAAGUAUAGUUUUAGAUUAUAUUUUGGUCUUAUAUAUUGAUACUGUCUAAUUAAUAGAUUAGAGAAGCAUUUAAGAGAAAGAACUUUUCAUCAUAGAUUGCAGGAACAGAUGCAAUCAUGCAAAUAAUGUGACAGGUUUUCGUCAAAUAAUUUUUAACGUAUAAUUUUAUUACAAAACCAUAAUAAGACAAUUCUGUAUUGAAAAACUAGGAAAGAGAAAAAAAAUGACAUUUUUUACUUGCUACACUUUCUCUGUAGUCACUCUCCAAAAUAUAACAGUAUCAGAAAUGUUGAAUAAACGAGAAUUUUAAGAACUUGUUAUGACAAAACGAGAGAACACUGCAAUAUGUAUGUAUUAUAUAAUUAUGACAUAUAUGUGAUAUA